CGAAGAAAAAAACGAGGAAGGAGCAAACUGGAGAGAACAGAGAACGAAAGAAAGGAAUUUCAAAUUCAAGCUGUCACCGUUGUGGAAAUCAAGCUGAAAGCCCCCGAAAAACAUCCGUAAAUCCUACGUUACCUGUCGUGAAUUGUUGUCUGGCAGCGGUCAACGCUAGCGCAAGUGAAGUUGGUUACUCAACAUCCCAGGGAAGCGAAUAAUUUGAAAUUAAGUGAAGCGCGCUCCGCUUGCCCUCUCUGUUUCGGUGUGUUGUGGCCACAAUUAAGCUGCUGCUUAUUGUGAAUUUUUACCUGUUUUGAAUGACCAGUUGCAUCGGUGGAAGAUAUGAUGGUCCAAUAGGUGGAAUGCAUUGCGAUUAUAUACAGCCGUCGCAGCAACAGCAGCAGCACUUGUACGCCGGAGGAGGAGGAAUGCCUAAAAAGUCGGAACCGGGGGAAAUUACUGGACUGGGUCGUAGUAAGAAGAUGAACAAGUUAGAAGCGGGUGGUGGACCAGGACAACAACAGUCCCGACCGGGUUCUGUGGGAGAUGCUGAUUUGAUGAGUAGUUUUGGUUUGAAGGAUGAUGGUUCACCAAUAAUGAAAGGUGGGCCCCCUGGUAACGGACCAGGACCACUGCAGAUAUCGGAUUCGUGUAGUAUCAACAGCAGUGUAGCAAACAGUGGACCAGGCAUUGACACGAUGUCGAAGAUGGGGCCCGGUAUGGGCCAAGAUGUGCAUCCGGAUGGAGUGAAAAUGAACCAAGGGAUUCCGGGGAUGAUGUCAAACAAACCAUCAAAUAAACUGGAAUACACACAGCAGCAGAGCCAAAUUUUUGUGUUUAGUACGGCUCUGGCUAACAAGGGAGCGGAAGCUGUACACAGCGGGCAAUUCCGCUCGAUUAUUGCAUAUCACUGUGCACAAAUGCAGAAGCAAAACCGGUUGGGAAACUGUGGACCUGAAGAUGGGGUGGGCGCAAUGUCACCGUGGAUGGAUCAUGGACAUGGCUCUCCGGAUCAUCACAUGAGGAUGAAUCAAGGUCCAGGGUCGGGAAUACCGCAGGAUGGUGUAAAAAAGUCGGCCACUAUACAUCACACGCCAAAUUCCUGCCUGGAGAACGACAACUCGGUGCCAAUGUUCGGGAAUGAGCACUAUAUGCGGAUGGGUUCCGGACCAGAUAUUGGUCCGAUGGGCAACAAAAAACCGGCCACUAUCCAUCAUACACCGAAUCCUUGUAUGGAUCAGGACGGAUCCCUUCCAAUGUACCCAAACGAUGGGCACCACAUGCGAAUGCAAGGACCGGAAACAAUGUCGAAACCUUCGACUAUUCAUCACACUCCGAAUUCCUGCAUGGACGGACCCGAUCAGCCAGGUGAUCAUUCCGGUGGUGGUCCGGGAGGACAUCCACCAGUGAUCAAGAUGGAAAAUCCUUCCCCAGGUGGUCCAGGGCCAGGCCCUGGAAGCGGAAGCCACUCCAGUUCAACAAUAAUCGACCAGAUGAACUCUUUGGUUGCCUCACUGCCAUUAAUGAAGGGUGGUAACGUCUUGUCGCAAUCGCGUGGUCAUCCACAGCCAUCACUGCAAGGGGUAAAAGUACCGGAUGAAAACCUCACACCUCAGCAACGACAACAUCGGGAGCAACAGCUGGCAACUAUCCGACAAAUGCAGAAAAUAUUUUUUCCAGAGAGCCGAGGAAUGAUGGACCCGCAUGGAAUGGGAAUGCGACCACAAUUUCGUGGUGGCAUCCCGGGUCCUGAUUUCGGAGGACCACCUAAUCGACCACUCAAUCCGGCAUUUAUGAACACGCCACUGGGAGCAAAUGGGCCAAUGGGACCAGAUGGACCUGGGCCAGGUAUGAUCAACGAACAGAUUCCUCCAAUGCAAUAUAACAAGCCUGGUAUGAUGAAUCCUGGCAUGUAUAUGGGAGGUCCCGGUGGAGGACCGAUGGGACCUAUGGGUGGCCCAAUGGGUCCUGGUGGUGGAGGACCUAUGGGUCCUGGUGGGCCUAUGGGACCAAUGGGUCCUGGUGGUCCCAUAAAUCGUAUGUUUAAACCGGAUCCAGACCCGAUCUUUCCACCGAUGACCGAAAUGGGUGGGGGCUACAGCAGUAUGAGCAAUCACGGUGGUCCUGGUCCGGGAAUGUUCAACCCCGGAAUGCAACGAAUGGGUGUUCCUGGUGGACCAGGACCCGGAGGACCAAACAUGAUGCCCAAAAUGUCGGACCAAGGCGGCCCACUACCCCACUCCCCUCUCGUAGAUGACGAUCCGUUAAAAGCUGGACCUCAUCAGAUGAUGCUUCCAAAUGCUCCACCUCAGCAACAAUCUGGUACUCCGGGAGCAAACGGUCCCGGUAGCAAUGGAACUUCAAACCCUCAAGGUACUCAAAAUCCAAGCAACAACGGUAAAUCAAAGGAACAAUCCGUGUCUCCAGAGCAUCAACAGCAGCAGCAGCAAGGAGGACCAGGCAGCCAGCAGGGACCACUGACACCUCAGACACCCCAGGGCGGACAUCCGACACCGGGUGGCGCGGGAGGACCUCUCACGCCCCAAACGUCGAUGGCAAACACUUAAAGGUGAGUCCCAUGUCAUUCGUAUACCAUGAAAUUGAAUCAUUUUUGAAAUCUGCCUUAUGACAACACAAAAAAAACACAAAACCCAACCGGUUCUUGCUCAACGACACGAUAUAGUUGAAAAUCAACCGGAAACAAAAUUGGAUUACAGAAACAAAGUGAACUGCUGUUAACGAGGUUGAAUCUACAGAGGGAUUAAAAUGAGAAUGAGCAAAAAAUCAGUUACAGAAAAUAAACAAAAAAAUAAUAUAGUUAAGUAACAUGUGGUUAGGCAAAAAAAGCAACAGAAAAACGUGUACGUGUAAGCUUUUUUUUAUUGAAUUUUUAUUGUGUUUCCUCGGAAUUUUGAAGUGAGAGCAAAAAUCAGCAGGAUUGUGUACUACUGUACGAUAGACGCCGAAAGGCGGAAGUCGUUCUUUGUGGUGGGAAAAGUAUACAAAUUUCCCUAUUACUAUUCUAAUUUUGGUAUUUCUUUUUCAAGUGCAGCGUUUUCGAUUAUAUAUAUAAGACUAACACAGAAAAAUAAAGCUAAUAAUUAACAGUUGAAUAAAAAAGUGUAAUAAUUUUA